UCAUCCCUGACUGUUGAUUAACACAGAGCUGGUUUAUAUUUAAUUCUGUCCAGAGCAGGAGGAGUUUGGGGGUGGAGUUGCACUGCUUAUAAGGCCACCAGCAGCAGCUACAAUGUUCUUCUGUGUUAAUUUCCUCUGUCUCUGCUUCUUAGCUGAAUUUUUCUUUACCAGUUACUUCCCUUUGGAUAAACCAAAGGUUAUUUUUCAAUAUCUGAAUGAGUGAAAGCUCGGGAGUGGAGAAAAGGCAGAGAAAAGAAGGGAGAAAACUGCUGAACAUAAACGGAGGCUGCUGAGUCAGUACAAAAGAAAGAGAGGAAAGCUGUUGAACAUAAACAGAGGUUGCUGAGUCAAUACAAAAGAGAGCGAGAGAAAAGAUCUGUUGUUUCGUAAAUCUUUUUUGUACAAUUUGAUAUUUAGUUCCAAUAGAGACGAGUGGAAAUGCAAGGAAUGGAUUUUGAAGACAAGGCAUCCAAAACUUAUUGCAUGAAAAAGAAGCAUGUGAUCAUCAUUUGUGGUGUGAUUGUUGCUUUAGGUCUAAUCUUGGGACUGGCCUUGGGCCUGGGAUUAAAACCACCAGAAUGCAGUCUUCCAGAAGACAAUGGGCAAACAACAACAAAAGUACCCACAGUCCCUACGCCAGAGGAUACAGACCCUUGUCCUGCACAAAAUGAUGACAACAGUGGAGAUUGGACAAAUUUCAAACUGUCUCCCUAUGUUGAUCCCAACCAUUAUGACUUAGAGCUGAAACCUGACAUGGGAGCAGAUCACUAUGACGGAACAGUUAACAUCUCCAUCACGCUGAACAGCCAUCCCACCAAACACAUUUGGCUUCAUAUCAGAGAGACUAAGAUCACAGAAAUGCCCCUGCUCCAGACAUCUUCAGGCCAGUCUAUUCCUUUAAAGCGUUGUUUCGAAUACAAUCCACAGGAAUAUGUGGUGAUAGAAGCAGAAGAAGACCUAUCUCCUAACUUUUAUUUCCUGAGUAUGAAGUUCCGAGGACAUCUGAAUGGCUCCCUGGUUGGAUUCUAUAGAACAACUUAUGUGGAGAAUGGAAUAACCAAGAGCAUAGCUGCCACUGAUCAUGAACCAACAGAUGCCCGGAAAUCAUUUCCCUGCUUUGAUGAACCUAAAAAGAAGGCAACUUACACUAUUUCUAUUAUCCAUGAGAAAUCAUAUCAAGCUCUGUCAAACAUGCCAGCAGAGAAAAAUAUUUCACUGGAUGAUAACUGGACUCGGACAACAUUCCAAAAAUCUGUCCCAAUGAGCACUUACUUGGUGUGUUGGGCUGUGCACCAGUUUAGUUUUACACAAAGAUAUUCCUCCCGAGGAAUUCCUCUUCGCAUUUAUGCCCAGCCUCAACAGAUACACACAGCCGAAUAUGCAGCAGAUGUAACUGAAGCUGUAUUUAAUUUCUUUGAAGAUUACUUCAAUAUGACCUAUUCUCUUCCCAAACUAGACAAAAUAGCCAUUCCAGAUUUUGGCACUGGGGCCAUGGAGAACUGGGGGCUGAUCACUUACAGAGAAACCAACCUCCUUUAUGAUCCACAAGAAUCUGCUGCUUCUAACAAGCAAAGAGUAGCAGCUGUGGUUGCCCAUGAACUUGUUCACCAGUGGUUUGGAAACAUUGUAACCAUGGAUUGGUGGGAUGACCUUUGGCUAAAUGAAGGAUUUGCCAGCUUCUUUGAGUUUCUGGGUGUGAAUGCUGCAGAAAAAGAUUGGGAAAUGUUGGACCAAAUACUAAUUGAUGAUGUGUUCCCUGUGCUCAAAGAUGACUCCUUGCAAUCUUCUCAUCCCAUUGUUGUCGAUGUUUCUUCUCCAGAUGAAAUAACCUCUGUGUUUGAUGGCAUAUCCUACAGCAAAGGAGCAUCAAUUCUCAGAAUGCUUGAAGACUGGAUUUCACCAGAAAAAUUCAAAUAUGGGUGUCAGAUAUAUUUGAAAAAAUAUACAUUUUUAAAUGCAAGAACAAGUCAGUUCUGGAAAGCAAUGGAAGAGGCAAGUGGUCAACCAGUUGAAGAAGUGAUGGACACCUGGACAAGGCAGAUGGGAUACCCUGUGCUGAGCAUGCAUUCGAACUUAACAGUCACACAGAAGCGUUUCCUGCUGGAUCCCAAAGCAGAUCCUUCCCAGCCAUCUUCUGACUUUGGUUACAGAUGGAAUAUUCCAGUGAAAUGGUACGAGGGAAGUACAACUGACACAAUAUUCUACAAUAAAUCAGAAACUGCAGGUAUUGCAAUUACAAGGCCCAGCAAUCCUCCCCCCAAUUCUUUCUUGAAAGUGAACAAGAAUCAUGUUGGUUUUUAUCGUGUCAACUAUGAAACACAAGCUUGGGAUGAUCUGGCUAAUAUCAUGAUGAGCAACCACCAGGAUUUUAGUCAAGGUGAUCGUGCUGGCUUUCUCGAAGAUGCUUUUGCAUUGGCCAGGGCCAGACUUCUCAAUUAUGCUUAUGCCUUGAAUCUUACAAGAUAUCUUAAAAAUGAAAAUGAAUAUAUACCAUGGCAAAGAGCUAUUGUGUCUGUAUCUUAUAUUGGAGACAUGCUUCAAGACGAUGACACACUCUAUCCCAAAUUUCAAGAAUAUUUCCGUAGUCUGGUCAAGCCCAUUGCAGAUCAACUAGAAUGGAAGAAUGAUGGAGACCAUAUUAAUAGUCUCCUACGUACAACAGUUCUAGAGUUUGCAUGUGACAUGAAUGACCCAGAGGCUUUGAGUAAUGCAUCUCGUUUCUUUGAUGAAUGGCUAAAAGGAGCAAGCAUAGAUGUGAAUCUCCGUCUCUUGGUUUACCGCUUUGGGAUGCAACACUCUGGCAAUGAGCAAGCCUGGGAAUAUAUGUUUGAGAAGUAUCAAACCACAGCAUUGGCUCAAGAAAAGGAGAAGUUGCUAUAUGGCCUAGCAUCAGUGAAAAACAUCACCCUACUGGACAGAUUUUUAAAGUGCAUCUACAACACAACUCUCAUUAAAAGUCAAGAUGUGUUCAAUGUUUUGCGGUACAUCUCCUUAAAUAGCUAUGGAAAAACCAUGGUUUGGGACUGGGUACGUCUCAACUGGGAAUAUUUAGUUAGCAGAUAUACUCUCAAUGACAGAAACCUUGGGCGUCUACCAUCAAGAAUAACAGGAACAUUCAACACAGAGCUCCAGCUUUGGCAGAUGGAAAAUUUCUUUGAGAAGUACCCUAAUGCUGGAGCUGGGGAAGCAUCCAGAAAACAGGCUGCUGAGACGGUGAAGAGUAAUAUCGAGUGGCUCAAGCAACACCGAGAAGAGUUAGCAGUAUGGUUUGGGAGUUAAAACAAAUCCAGCUCUGCAUAAUAAGAUGCACUUCUUUUUAUCUUAUAUAAACUCUCAGGACUCUUAUUUUCAAACUGCAACAAAAUAUGGGAAUUUGUAGAAAUAUUACUUUCAAAUUCUGGUAAAUCUAUUAUCAUGAUACAUUAAUUUAUUGUACUGUUAAGUUCAGACUUGUCAGCAGGCAAUUCUAGAUCCUGUCUUGUCUAUUAAUACAUAUGUUCUCAUUUUUGAGUGCAAAAUUAUUGUUUUUAUCACAUAGGUAAUUAUAAUAUCUCAAUCAUCAUGAGCAUCACUGGGGUGUGUGUUUUGUGUGUGUUAACCAUACUAGCAACUUUGAAAAGAACUCCUUUGUUUAUAUAAAAUUGCUUUUCUUCUAUGUACUCUGGGUACCCGGCCAAAAGUACAUUCACACCAAUCCAAUCCAGAGAAAGAGGGAGGGAAUUUAGCCUCCUGAGUCCAUGGAGAAAAAUCAGAUUGGAUAUGUUUUCUCCAAGAAAGAAAUAGUCACCUAAUGUAACUUUGUAAAAUAACCAUCAUGCAAAUAUUAUUUUCUAUUGUAUUUGUAUAGCCACCAGGCUUAAAUUUUCAGUCAUUUUCACUAUUUCAUGAAAAGUUCUGCAUUGCGUGGUUUGAGAACACAUGUGAUAUCACAGAUACCACAGAAAAGCCAUAGAUUGGUAGAAGAGUACAUGCUAUGCAUAGAGAAGCUCACCUAUUCAAGAUCUCAGGUAAAAAAAUCUUAGGUAGUCAUAGGUUGGGAAAUUCCUGUGCCUGCAACCCUAGAUGGCCCCUACCAGAACAUUCUGAAUUAAAUAUAGCAGUAGUCUGACUCAGUGUAAGGCAGCUUUGUGUCAGCAUGUGUGGGAGAGAACAUACCUAGAAAACUGGUAGGCAUGGAUGGAGAAAUGUUAGCUUCCCAGAUAUUUUUUGCCUACCGCUUCCAUCAACCCCAUCCAGCAAGCCCAACGGUGAAGGGAUAUAAGGUUUUAAGGACUGGGUCUGAAAGGUCAACUUGGUAUCACAAAAGAAUAUGCAAAACAAUCCUAAUUUCAAACAUAGAUACCAAGGCAUUUCUGUCUUAACAGAAUUAUUCCAAGUACUUAGACCUAAAUCUGGUUAUUAGUUAAAGUUAGAUUAGAUCUGAUCAAUCAAUGGGGAUAAGUUCUCUUGAUUUAGUGGGUCUGCUUUACAUGGGACCAGGAAUUACAGUUAGAGUUUACUUUAAAGUAAAGAUACAUAUUCUGGAGCAGCAUCAGAAGAUGAUCAAAAAUUGCCCUCCUUUUCUUUUUCACCUGCUGUUUUUUAAAUUAGGGUUCUCAGAUCUCUAGUUCUGGCCCUGAGGUUCUUCUUUGAUCCUCAGGGUGAAAGCACUGCCUUGAAAGUAGGUGUAUACACAUUUUCUUUUGUUAAAUUUGAUGCUUAUUUUAUGAAUGGUAUGCUACAGUUGAUGCUCAAUAUAUCAUGGUAAAUAAUCUGAUCAAAGGCUACCCCUUGUAAUAUCGCCUUUGAAACGUCACCAGGGCCCACCUCCUGGGACAUCAUAACAGAUUGCCCCUAGAUUUCAGGUUUUCAGGUGAUCUCUGAAAUUGAAAUUCUGACUUGGAAAUCCUAAUAGAAAAUGUAUGACUCUCCAAAUGCCAUUGGACUAUGAUUCGUAUCAGACAAACCAACAGAACUCAUUGUAAAAGAUUUGGAGUUCCAGUCCAUGAAUCUAACAUUCUUCGCCAUUGAUUUAAAUAGUGGAGGAUGAAGGGUUGCAAUACUUAUCCAGAGUUUGAACAAAUUGCUAGUCAUUGAUUGGGGGAUAUGGGAAGUUGUAGUAUAUUUAAAAGGUAACAUUUCCAAAACUGCUGUUCCACUGACAGCUGUCAGAAAAGUGUUUGUGGGAACCUGGUGGCAUCCUUUCAAUCACUACACUGCACAGUGAAAACAGUUCUAAAGAUAUGUAGACAGGAGUUGAAUCACUUGCAUUUUAACACUGGCAUUACUUCGAUAAGAGUCAUGUAUACAAUGGCUUCAAAGUCCAUGUAUUUAUAAUCAGUAUGCAAAGGCUGCUGGCUGGGUGCUAUAUCAGGAAUGUGCAGGACGUUUUUUUAUUAAUCACUGAAAAAGAUCGUAAUAAAGUGUUUCCAAUUUUUAAAA